AUGGACGAGAACCUGCCUCCAGCCCGCCCGCAGCUCACCCAGCGCGCGGCGUUAUCUCGGGCGCGGCCUGCGUUGAGUCUGCAGCGGAUUGUGGGCGCAGGAGCAUGUGAAGCUUGUCGCGGCCGCAUCACCAAGUGCUCAGAGUGCCGGAAGCGGCACACGCCAUGCAACUACCUUCAGCCUGCGGUCCGGCCCGUUGCUGCCAGUGCCAGGCGAUACCAUGGCCAGGUCCAGGUCCACGCACACCAUCACCCCCAGCAUGCCCUCCUCCGGCACAUCUUCGCCCAUCUGCGCUCCCAGCCAUGGCACGUCGCCCAGGACAUCCUCGCCCAGCUGCGUCGCGGCACCGACGAGCGCACCCUCCUUCGUUUCCUUGAGUAUGGCAGUCUACGUGUCCAGCUCAAGCUGGUCCCAGACACGACAUACCAGUUCACCGCUCCCUAUCUUGCUGACAUGAUGCCGCUGUUUGACGGUGCCGACAACCCCUACCUUGCCUCCAGACUGUACAAGGCCCUGUCCAACGAGACUGCCCAUCACGGCACGGACAUCCAGGAGCAGACUCACAGCGCCAUCUACCACGUGCCCUAUCCAGGCGCCCGCAUGUACGAUCCACGCAUGGCGCCAGACACCCUGAGGCCGUCCAAGUGGACUUCGAUAAGCGACGACGACGUCUUUCUCACACGCCUUCUCGAAGGCUACUUCCUGUACGAGUUCCCAUUGUGGCCUUGCUUCCACAAAGAUCACUUUCUCGAUGACAUGACUGCUGGAAGGUCUGAUUACUGUUCACCACUCCUAGUCAGCGCCAUUCUCACCGCAGCCUGUCUAUGGGAGCUGGAACAGACACAAGCCGUGUGUAGUCUUCCGUCUGCCCAGGCAGCUACCAUCAUAGGCCGAAUAUACUUCGCCAAUGGCAUGGACAAAAUGGGCUGGACAAUGUGGUCUCACGCUCUAGCGCUUGCGGAUAGACUAGACUUAUUUGCUAAGAGCGCGCAAUACAAUAACGAGAAGGACCGCAUUUCAAGAACCAUCACAGCCUGGGGCAUCUUCUCUCAGCAAGCGUUCUCUUGCUUUUACCUUAUGAAGCCCCCACUGUCUCGACUUCCACCUGAGGACGGCUUGCCCGCGUAUCAAGACGCACAAGACUUCUUUGGCGAGAUUUGGGUCAAAUACCCUCUUGCGACACACGUGACCCCCAUCUACCUGGGACAGACAUUCCUGUCGCUCAUCAAGCUUCGAUGCAUCAUGAACGACAUAGCCGGAAAGGCUCUUCCAGAGGACGAUGGAGAUAACAAUCUCGAUAUUGAGCAGGCUAGUCGUUAUCAUCUUAUGCUGGUACAAUGGUUCCGUGAUCUUCCGGAGCCGUUACAGCCACAGAAUGCCGCCAUGCCGACACAGCUUCUGCUACACAUGCAGUUCCACAACCUCGUUACCAUGACCUUCCAACCGUUCCUGGAAAAGGAAAAGUCUCUCAACUGGCCCAACAAUAAUGGCGCAUUCCAAAAGUAUACAGGCUUUAGUCCGGCCCAACUAUAUGCUGCCUCGAAAGCGAGUCUGCAGACGCUUCUCCAUAUGUUCUUCCACCGUCACGGUUUCGAGGCAUACUACAUAUUCCUACUCCAGGUCCUCGUUCAGCUAGGCUUCGAUUCGAUCGAGCGUCUACGCACCCCGGAAGCGCAACAAGAGCAUUUCCCAGCCAUAAUGAAAGCCACACGAGCCACGCUCAUAUUGUGCGCCAAGGGCUUGCGCGACCAAGGCCACAACUUCUUCUUAUCUGAACUCGUAUUCCGCAUUCUGCGCGACAAGAUGAAUCCGGUAGACGUCAAGCUGCUCAAAGACUGGGCGCACAUCAAAGACGAAGAUGACAGGGAGAAGUCGAUGAUGGAACACGUCUAUGGCGAAUACCCUGUCAACGUAGAGUCCAUCACCUCGGAUCCGACCGAACAACGUCUGAAUCGGCUGUUGCAGACUAUGGCUGAUCUCAAGCUUCCCAACGAUACUGCUGAGCCAACUCAGCAAGAUAGGGCGUCGAGGACAUGGCGAAGCAUCGUUUUUUGA